CUGGAGCCAACAUUACAAAAAGUGAGAUAGUUGGACAAAGCGAGAGGACAUUAGGGACAUUCGGUGAAGCAGGAAGGCUCCCACCAUCAGCGAUAGAUCCUGCAUUACUAGCUAAAGAGAGGAUAUUCUGUCCAGAUGAGAGAGUGGGCCGAGUUGGAGAUGAGCUUUUCAGCAGGGGGGUUUCUCUCUGCCUCGGAUGGUUACUGCUCCACAGAGCAGCUUCAGUACUAUGACAUGCUGGCUGACCCUCUGGGCUACCCCCUGCAGGAUCCUGACCUCCAGCUGCUCCCUUACAGCCAACAACAGUACAGCGCUGCCAACCUGCCCUUCUCCCUCUAUGGCUCUCCGCCCUCCACCACAUCCUCUCCCUCCUCCUCUUCUUCCUCCUCGCAGCUCUGCCAUCCUCUGUACCACUACAGCCCUCAAUGCCUGGAGGCCCCCUGUGAUCCCAGCCCCGACCCCCACUGCGGGGGCCUGGCUCAGGGGCUCGGGGCGGUAGGUCUGCCUCUGGGGCGGAGGACACGGGUGGGGUCGGGAGGAAAGAGCAGAGGUCAGGACGAGCUGUGUGUGGUGUGUGGAGACAAAGCGUCCGGGUAUCACUACAAUGCUCUUACCUGCGAGGGAUGCAAAGGUUUUUUUAGGCGUAGCGUGACUAAAAAGGCCGUGUAUCACUGUAAGAGUGGCGGUGGCUGUGAAAUGGACAUGUACAUGAGGAGGAAGUGCCAAGACUGCCGGCUGAGGAAGUGCCGCGCUGUGGGAAUGCUGGCUGAGUGCCUUCUAACAGAGGUGCAGUGCCAGUCCAAACGACUAAGGAAAGGAGGUAAAGGUAGAAGACAGGAGGAAGAGGAGCACUCAGACAGCAGGCGGGUCAGCUCUACCUGCAGGAUACCUGGACAGGCUUCUUCUGCCAGUUUAACCCGAGAACAGAAGUACAUUGUGGACAGGAUGGUGGAGGCCCAUCGACUGUACAGAGCACAGGACAGCAGCCACUGCAGGUUGUUUGAGUGGCCAUGUACACAAGAAGGGGAGGGCUUGUCUGAUGUUGUAUCACCACAAUUGCAAAGACUGCUACAGUUUGCCACGACAGUGCCAGGUUUUGACCUGCUGGAUUUUUCAGACCAGAGCUCUCUCUUGUCUGCCUCUUCACUGGAGGUCAUGUUUCUGCUCUCAGCUCAGCAGUUCUCCCACAACCCAACAAGCCCCAGUCCAGCCCUGCAGUUUUUCAGUAUGUCAACACACAACUGGCUGAGAAAUGUAGAGUCGAAGGAAAACAUCCAAAGUAGGAAGUCAGGAGGCAGUGAGGAUCUCUUUGGGCCGGUGGUGAGCUUCUUCCACAGCAUGGCGACGCUGCGGGUGACGGAGGCUGAAUACACCCUGCUCACUGCUACAGCUCUGCUCUGCUCAGACCGUGCGUCCCUGCAGGCAGCCAGCUGUGUUGACAAAAUGCAGGAACUGAUCCUGGACCUGCUAUCCAAGGUGUGUGGGGCUCAGGGUGGAGCUGCGCGAGGGGGACCGCAGCGGUUUGGCUGCCUGCUGGGCAGACUGACUGAGCUGCGAACCCUCCGUCACAACUACCUCCUCCUGACAAGACAGCAGCCUGGACACUGACGGAGAGGACCACUGUCAUCUCUGGGAAUUUUCAUGGUAAAAUUUAAGGACUAGACGGUUCUGUAUGAGCUGAGAAAUUGUACAGAAACAUUUUAGAAAAGAUUUUCACCAGAUGUUCAUCAGAUGGUGUUGGAUUAUUUGGUCUCGUUUUUUGGAAAUCACAUGAACAAUUUUUUCAGCUGACUUCAGUUCAUUCAGACCUGCAGUCAUUAUUGAAUUUUAGCUUAUAAUGGGAAUGAAAUUUGUUUGUGGACUGCUGCAGUUUGUUGGGACAAAAUAUAUUUUAUAGGUGUUUUUAUAACUGUUGUAAACAGCUAACAUGUAAAC